AUAGGCAUAGCUAGCUAAGCUGAGUGACACAGUGAGUAGUCAAAUUAACCAAGCUCUUCGUCGCCAUGGAUCAUCAGCUGGUAGCUCGAGGUCUCUUCAAGCCUCUCCUCCUCUUCGUCGCCGGCCUGAUUGUUCUCUACGCGCUCCGCCGCCGCCGCCGCCACCGCCGGAGCAGCGGCCUGCGCCUCCCGCCGAGCCCGUUCGGGCUGCCCAUCCUGGGCCACCUCCACCUGCUCGCGCCGCUGCCGCACCAGGCGCUCCACCGCCUCGCCGCGCGCCACGGCCCGCUCCUCUUCCUCCGCCUCGGCUCCGUCCCCUGCGUCGCCGCCUGCUCGCCGGACGCCGCCCGCGAGGUGCUCAAGACCCACGAGGCCGCGUUCCUCGACCGCCCCAAGCCCGCCGCCGUCCACCGCCUCACCUACGGCGGCCAGGACUUCUCCUUCUCGGCGUACGGGCCCUACUGGCGCUUCAUGAAGCGCGCGUGCGUGCACGAGCUCCUCGCCGGACGAACGCUCGACCGGCUCCGCCACGUCCGCCGCGAGGAGGUGGCGCGCCUCGUCGGCUCGCUCCGCGCGAGCGCCGACGGCGGCGAGCGCGUCGACGUCGACGCCGCGCUCAUGGGCCUCACCGGCGACAUCGUCUCCCGCAUGGUGAUGGGCCGGCGGUGGACCGGCGACGACAACGACGCGGAGGAGAUGCGGAGCGUGGUCGCCGAGACGGCGGAGCUCACCGGCACGUUCAACCUGCAGGACUACAUCGGCGUCUUCAAGUACUGGGACGUGCAGGGGCUCGGCAAGCGCAUCGAUGCGGUGCACCGCAAGUUCGACGCCAUGAUGGAGCGGAUACUGACGGCGAGGGAAGCCAAGAGGAAGCUACGCCGGCAAGCGGCGGCCGACGGCGAGGACGACGAGAAGGACCUCCUUGACAUGCUCUUCGACAUGCACGAAGACGAAGCCGCCGAGAUGCGUCUCACCAGAGACAACAUCAAGGCGUUCAUGCUGGACAUCUUCGCGGCGGGGACGGACACGACGACGAUCACGCUGGAGUGGGCGCUGUCAGAGCUAAUCAACAACCCGCCCGUCCUCCGCAAGCUACAGGCGGAGCUCGACGCGGUGGUCGGCGGCGCGCGGCUCGCCGACGAGUCGGACAUCCCGAGCCUCCCGUACCUGCAGGCCGUGGCGAAGGAGACGCUGCGGCUGCACCCGACGGGCCCGCUCGUGGUGCGGCGCUCGCUGGAGCGCGCCACGGUGGCCGGCUACGACGUCCCGGCGGGCGCCACGGUGUUCGUGAACGUGUGGGCGAUCGGCCGCGACGCGGCGUGGUGGCCGGAGCCGACGGCGUUCCGGCCGGAGAGGUUCGUCUCCGGCGGCGGCGGCGGCGGGACGGCGGCGGACGUGCGCGGGCAGCACUUCCACCUGCUGCCGUUCGGGUCGGGGCGGCGGAUCUGCCCCGGCGCGUCGCUGGCGAUGCUGGUGGUGCAGGCGGCGCUGGCCGCCAUGGUGCAGUGCUUCGAGUGGAGCCCCGUCGGCGGCGCGCCGGUGGACAUGGAGGAGGGGCCCGGGCUGACGCUGCCGCGGAAGCGCCCGCUCGUCUGCACCGUCUCGCCGCGGAUACACCCGCUGCCGGCUGCUGCGUCAGCAUCGCUGACGUGAGUUGGAUUUUGGAUGGACGGCUAGGAUUUGUCCUGCCGCGCUAUUAAUCGCCCAUAUAAGGCAGAUGCAGUUCACGGUUUCAUCUAGUGCACUUGGAUAUAUUCUCCGAUAUGAAAAAAAGAAGUGCAGUUGGGUUCUGCAUUUGUGGGGAAACUAUUUCUGUAUUUCAGUCCGCGAAGGGAUGUACUAUCAUUUUCUUACAUGUCAGAUAUAAAAUGAUUCAGCCAUAUAAACAAAUAUUCACUGUCA